CGCGCACAGCUGCUCACAUGCCAGGAUCUUCACACUGUACCUGACCACUCCACUGAGCGCAGCGACCACCCACGCUAACACCAUCCAUCCAUCCAGAGAGAGAGAGAGAGAGAGAAAGAGAUUGAGAGAAGAGUGUUGCUGCUGCUCUCCUCUCCUCCUCCAGUCUGCUCCUCUGUAGAUGAGCUAAAGCUCUGCUCCUGUCCCCUGAUCCGCCCUCAUCCUCCAGCCCCAGCAUGCAGCUGCUGAGAGCGGACUGCUGAGCCACUGAAGCGCCGGAGCGGAGGAGUGGAGGAACAGAGGAGCGGAGGAGUGGAAGAACGGGGGAGUGGAGGAACAGAGGAGUGGAGGAGCGGAGAGUGGAGAACAGGAGGAGCAGGGGAGCUGACAGGACUUUGUUGCUAAGCCGGAGUGCGUGGAGGGGAAGCGGGGGGGAGCGAUGGCUCAGGCCUCUCAGGAGCAGGGGGCAGUGGGGACCGCCGACCCCGAGGAGGACUCCCCGAACAUGAUCGUCUACAGGAAGAUUGAGGAUAUAGUGACUCGAAUCCAGGAUGAGACUGAAGGAGUGCCAAUCAGAACAGUCAAGAGCUUCAUGUCUAAGAUCCCUAGUGUGGUCACAGGGACUGACAUUGUUCAGUGGCUGAUGAAGAACCUCUCCAUUGAAGAUCCAGCGGAGGCCUUACACAUCGGAAGCCUGAUUGCUGCUCAGGGAUACAUCUUCCCCAUCUCUGAUCAUGUUCUCACCCUAAAGGAUGAUGGGACAUUCUACCGCUUUCAGGCUCCAUACUUCUGGCCAUCUAAUUGCUGGGAGCCCGAGAACACGGACUAUGCCAUCUAUCUGUGCAAGCGGACCAUGCAGAACAAGACACGGCUGGAGCUAGCAGACUAUGAAGCGGAAAACCUGGCCAGGCUGCAGAGAGCUUUCGCCAGAAAGUGGGAGUUCAUCUUCAUGCAGGCUGAGGCUCAGGUCAAGAUUGAUAGGAAAAAGGACAAGACCGAGAGGAAGAUUCUCGACAGCCAAGAAAGAGCCUUCUGGGAUGUCCACCGACCAGUGCCAGGCUGCGUCAACACCACAGAAAUGGACAUCAGGAAGUGUCGACGCAUGAAGAACCCCCAAAGAGUCAAGAAGUCUGUGUAUGGUGUAGCAGAAGACACACAGACGCAGAGUCCUGUACACACACAAUCGCAACAGAGCAGGAAGGACACCAAAGAGGAUGUAGAGAAGGAGAUUCUGUUCUUGAACACUCAGCUGGACAGACACUGCAUGAAAAUGUCCAAAGUAGCAGAAACGCUAAUGAGCUACACUGAGCAGUAUCUGGAGUACGACCCGUUUGUGUGCACCCCCGAGCCGUCCAACCCCUGGGUCGGUGAUGACUGCACUUUCUGGGAGCUGGAGGCCAGUAAAGACCCCAGCCAGCAGCGGGUUAGAAAAUGGGGAUUUUCACUGGAAGAGGCUCUGAAAGAUCCAGUGGGCCAAGAUCAGUUCCUCAAGUUUCUAGAAUCAGAGUUCAGCUCAGAAAACCUGCGGUUCUGGUUGGCAGUGCAGGAUUUGAAGCGACGCCCCCUGCAGGAUGUUCCAGCCCGCGCUCAGGAGAUCUGGCAGGAGUUUCUGGCUGAAGGAGCUCCCAGUUCCAUCAACCUGGACUCACACAGUUAUGAGCGCACCAGCCAGAAUCUGAAAGACCCAGGACGCUACAGCUUUGAGGAUGCCCAGGACCACAUCUACAAGCUGAUGAAGAGCGAUAGCUACACUCGCUUCUUACGCUCCAGUGCAUAUCAGGACCUCCUGCUGGCCAGAAAAAAGCCUGAAAGUGAACAAGGCCGUCGGACGUCUCUGGAGAAAUUCACCCGCAGUGUGGGUAAAUCUCUGACGGGGAAGCGUCUGACAGGCCUCAUGCAGUCGUCCUGACGAGGCCUGGGCCUGGACUAGCCUGACCAAACCCAGAGGAGCUGCGAUCUGCUGGUUUGAGAAUAGUUUGACUGUGGUCAUCAACCCAUCCAACAUUAGGACCUACUGCUAGCUCUACUA